UCAAAAACAAACAAACAAAAAAUUGUAGCAGUGAUGGGAGAAACGAAUCUUUUCGAAGAUUCGAAUCAAUUGAAUCAAUGAUUCACUGCUGUUUCGAAGCGCUCUGCUGUGUGUAAAAAAAAGUGUGCAAAUGCAACAAACACUCAGGCUAAAACAUGCAUAAAAACAGCUUUUAAAAGCCCAUUGCAAAUGUUUUAUUGAAAGCAUAAUACAUUAAAUGCAAUAAAAAUAAUAAUAAAAUACCAUUAAAUAUGAAGUGUCUGUGUAAUAUGUGGUUUUUAAAAUAUUUUAUAUUGAUAUGCAAGGCUUGCUUUGUUUGUUCAGCUUCUAUAUAGAGGCCAGUAAGAGACUAUUAACUACUCCUCAUCCUUUUAAUUACACAAAUGUCUCGUUGGAUCAAACUGAUCUGAGAUCCGAGACGCUGCAGUGGUUCGCCGCUGGGGGAGAUCUCCAUGAACUCGCGUGAUUCACGGGUUUAAAGAGAUUAUUCAACAGCAAAACAUUCAGAUUUCGAAACGCUUCGAAACAGUGAUGAUGUAACGAGGCCUCGUUUACUGAGAUCACGUGACUUUGGGAGUUUGAUAAGCGCUCUGAACCAUAGACUCUAAAUAACACUGUAGAUACAUAACGCAUUAAGCUGAUGGCGUUUCAUCUGAAGUGGGCGUGUCUUGUCUUGGCCUGUCUCCCGGGGGCGUGGCGGAUCGAUCGCGUCGCGUCGAAUGUCUAGGAGAGAUGAUGAGCUCCGCGUCGGGUUUCGGUAAAGCGUUGGUCAUCAUCACCGGAGCGUCGAAGGGCUUCGGCCGGGCUCUGGCUCUGUCCAUCGCGCCGCGUCUGGCGGCGGGCUCCGCGCUGAUCCUCGCGGCGCGAUCUGAUGACCUGCUGCAGCAGCUGAAGGCGGAUCUGAGCCGCGCUCACCCCGCGCUGACGCUCCGCUGCGCCGCCGCUGAUCUGAGCUGCCAGGCGGGCGUCGAGAGCGUCAUCGCCGCGAUCACACACAGCGACCCGGACAUCGAGCAUCUGCUGCUCUUCAAUAACGCAGCGUCUCUGGGCGAUGUGUCGCGGUUCUGUGGUGACUUCACGGAUGUGGAUGAGGUGAACUCGUACCUGUCUCUGAACGUGAGCUCUGCUCUCUGUGUGACGGCGGGGGUUCUGCGUGCGGUCCCGCGGCGCUCCGGCCUGACGCGCGUGGUCGUGAACAUCAGCUCGCUGUGUGCGCUCCGGCCCUUCCCGUCCUGGGUCCUGUACUGCAGCGGGAAGGCGGCCCGGGACAUGAUGUUCCGCGUGCUGGCGGAGGAAGAACCCGAGCUCCGAGUCCUGAACUACGCACCAGGGCCUCUGGACACAGACAUGCAGCGGCAGGCGAGGAGCAGCUCUGCAGACGACGCUCUGAGAAGCUCCUUCAGUGUCAUGCAUGCUCAGGGUCAGCUGCUCACCUGUGACCAGUCCAUCAGCAAACUCAUGCAGGUCCUGCUGGAGGACAAAUACACCUCUGGAGCUCAUCUGGACUUCUAUGAUUUAUAGAGUUCGUGCCUUAAACUACUGCUCAUUCUCUCUGUUCAUCACCGCGCGCUUGAUUGAGAUCAUUAAUGAUCUGUAACGUCUGUCUGAUGUGUUCUUGUGUCGUCACGAUACUGGAAAACCUGAAAAAUGUGACCCUGGACCACAAAACCAGUCAUAAGGUCAUCUGAAAGCUGAAUAAAUAAUCUUUCCAUUGAUGUAUGGUUUGUUAUGAUAGAACAAUAUUUGGCAACUAUUUGAAAAUCUGGAAUCUGAGGGAGCAAAAAAAUCUAAAUAUUGAGAAAAUCACCUUUAAAGUUGUCCAAAUGAAGUUCUUAGCAAUGCAUAUUACUAAUCAAAAAUGAAGUUUUGAUAUAUUUACAGUAGGACAUUUACAAAAUAUCUUCAUGGAACAUGAUCUUUACUUAAUAUCCUAAUGAUUUUUGGCAUAAAAGAAAAAUGGAUAAUUGUGCUCCAGGGUCUGCUGGUAUUGCUGUAUUGAAACUUUCUAAUAUUUCAGCAUCAAAAAUGUGACAUUUUGACAACGCUGUGUUCAUUAGAGUGAUGAUCCUGUGAGAAUUGUGCCUUAAUCAUCAGACGUAUUUCUGGACCAAACGAACGCGCUCUGUUUGUGAUUGUUUGCCACAUGUUUCUUCAGUAUGUCCUCAAACUCAUGUUUGUUUACUAAAGAUAUCUUUCUAUUUUUCAUGUCAUAAAUACACAAAAGACUUCCAUAUAUAAAUCUGUUACUUAUGUUAUCUA